UCAGCGGGACGGUGCCUCCGUUUGAAACGUUUCCAUCUGCGACCAAACAAAACGCCAGUUUUUCUCUAAAACCCCAACCUUCAGUUCGAGCUGAAAUGAUCGAUAUGAUCGAGAAGGAGGACGCGGUCAUCAGCGAGGAGGAAGCGGCGCAGUAUGACCGGCAGAUCCGGCUGUGGGGGCUGGAUGCUCAGAAAAGGCUGCGGGGCUCCCGCGUGCUCCUGGCGGGCCUGGGCGGUCUGGGAGCCGAGGUGGCGAAGAACCUGAUCCUGGCGGGGGUGAAAGGCCUCACGCUGCUGGACCACGAGAAGGUGUCCGAGGACUCGUGCCGCGCCCAGUUCCUGGUCCCGGUGACGGCUCGGGGCCAGAACCGGGCCCAGGCGUCCCUGGAGCGAGCGCAGAACCUCAACCCCAUGGUGGAGGUUCACGCCGACCCGGGCAGGGUGGAGGACAAGCCCGAUGAAUUCUUCCUGCAGUUCGACGCGGUGUGUCUGACAGGCUGCUCCAGGGACCUGAUGGUGCGCGUCGACCAGCUCUGCUCCAGACGCAACAUCAAGGUGUUCUGCGGCGGCGUGCACGGCUACUACGGCUACAUGUUCUGCAACCUGGGCCGCGAGUACAGCUACGUGGAGGAGAAACCCAAAGUGGUGAAACCAGCCGCCGAUUCCAGCGACGGUCCAGAAGCCAAGAAGGUCAAAAUCGACCCGAACGAGACGACCAUGGUGAAGAAGACUUCCAGCUUCUGCUCGCUGAAAGAGGCUCUGGAGGUCAGCUGGACCAGCGAGAAGGCCAAGGCGGCGCUCAAACGGACCCCCGUCGACUACUUCCUGCUUCACGUGCUGCUGAAGUUCCGCACGGACAAAGGUCGCGACCCCGACCCGCAGGCCUUCCCGGAGGACAGCCGGCUGCUCCGGCAGAUCCGGGACGACGUGCUGGAGGCGUCGGCCGUGAGCGCCGACCUGCUGAGCGACGACUUCAUCAGCUACUGUUUCUCCGAGAUGUCUCCGGUCUGCGCCGUGGUGGGCGGAGUUCUGGGGCAGGAGGUCGUCAAGGCUCUUUCCCAGAGAGACGCUCCUCAUCGGAACUUCUUCUUCUUCGACGGCCGUAAAGGAAACGGCGUCGUCGACUUCUUCGGCCCGAACUGAUGGGCCCCGGCCCCGCCCCCGCCCCCGCCCCGGUCACCGGCCCCUGGCCCCGGUGUCUCUGGUUCCAGUGGUGCAUCACAGGACGGUUUUUACUCCCCAAGACAAGCCCGUCUGCUCAGUCUGAUUAUUUAUAUCAGUUCUCAUUGAUCCAGUCAUAAAUGUCCAUCCGGUUCUCUGUUCCUAUGAUCUGUUCUCCUGCAGUCCUCUGAUACAAGAUCAGUUUCUGUUUUUUACAUUUCCUAAUAAAACAUUUGUGAA